GCUACAUGUUCCUUUCUGAUGCAAGAACUGGAAGGGAUCAAGGGAGCCCAAGUGACUUCGGAAAUGCUCAGAAGAACUAAAAAGGGGAAUUUUUCUAGGUACAGUUGCUUUUAGGAAUGAUAGCAGGUUUUGGCACGACACUUGCCAUGGCAAAAAAGAAGAAUCCAAACUGGUUCAGUAAGGGUAUCACUGCCACAGCCGCGUUACCGGAGAGGGGUUCAUCGCUGGCCUUACGAGCCCUAGGAUGGGGCUCCUUGUACGCGUGGUGUGGAGUUGGAUUGCUGAGUUUUGCCAUCUGGAAAGCUCUGGGAGUUCACAGUAUGCAAGAAUUCCAAACUAAAAUGCAGUCAAUGUUUCCGUCAAUUCCUAAAAAAAGUGAAUCUACUGUAGAAUGGGAAGACUUGCUUAAAUCCAAAUGA